ACUGACUUCACGAUGAAUUCGAGUAAUCGUCGUGAAUUAGUACAUGUUCUGGUGCAAGAUACAGCUGGACAAGAGCGUUACCGUACCAUAACAACGGCCUAUUAUCGAGGCGCAAUGGGCUUCAUUCUAAUGUGUACUCAAAUCAAGACGUAUUCAUGGGAGAAUGCACAGGUGGUUCUCGUUGGAAAUAAGUGUGAUAUGGACGAUGAACGAGUGGUAUCGUUUGAACGUGGACGACAACUGGCCGAUCAACUUGGUUUGGAGUUUUUCGAGACAUCAGCCAAGGAGAAUAUCAACGUGAAAGCCGUCUUUGAGAAGUUGGUGGAAAUAAUUUGCAAUAAAAUGGCCGAAUCUCUGGAUUCCGAUCCUACAGCGGCACAACCGAAAGGUCAAAGGCUUGACGCAUCAACCACUCAAAAGCCACCCUCACAACAGUGCAAUUGCUGA